GCCCAACUGUUUAGAGAGAGAAACACACACUCUCUUUCUAUCCCUUGCUCUCAAUUCCAAGAAACCAUUGUUUUUGGCAGAAAUUCAUCUGCAAUUUCACCUCCUUCAUCACACGAAAUCAUCUUUUCGGCCAAGACCUGCUGGAAUUUCAAUUCACAAUUUCAAAAAAUUUCUUUUUAUUAACAGAAAUCGAAUGGAAGACACCUCUAAACUUCAAACCAAUAUACAAAUUAACCCCAUUCAAUCCCAUAUGCCAAGAAUGUCAGUAGAGCUUUCUGCAGAAGAACUUCUCAAAGAACAGAAACUCCCUUUCCCAUUCUUUAGGCCAUUGUCUCAGAGAAAGGAGAAUACAUGGGUCAUUUCUCUUUUUGUGAUUCUUCACUUGAUAGCCUUUGCUGCCACAAUGAUUAUCAAUGACUGUUGGAGCAACUCUCAUGGACUGUGUGCGCUCAAACCCCUAGGGAGGUUCUCCUUUCAGCCCCUCUCUGAGAAUCCCCUGCUUGGUCCCUCAGCCUCUGCGCUUGAUGAAAUGGGGGCUUUACGGCUGAGAUAUUUGGCAAAAGAUCAGGAGUUUUGGCGUGUUUUCACGAGCCCAUGCUUGCAUGCAGGGCUUUUCCACCUUAUAAUCAAUCUCUCUUGUGUAAUAUUUGUUGGAAUUCACCUAGAACAAGAGUUUGGACCGUCAAGGAUAGGGGUUAUCUACAUACUUUCAGCUCUUACCGGAAGUUUGGUAGCUGCUAUGUUUCUUCAAGAUAGACCAUCAGUUGCUUCCUCUAGUACGUUGUUUGGAUUGCUUGGUGCAAUGCUAUCUGCGCUUAUCAGGAAUUGGAAAUUUUAUGCCAAAAAGUUUGCUACUCUUGUAGCUUUUUGUGCAAUCUUGAUGCUAAAUUUCGUCCUUGGCCUGAUGCCGUACGUCAACAAUUUUUCAAACAUAGGAGGAUUAAUCUCGGGUUUCCUUCUUGGUUUUAUGCUUUUAUUCAAGCCUCAACUGGGGAAAAUGUAUCAAAAUAAAGGCGGUUUAUUUGAAUAUGAUGUCAAGCAUUCUGUCAAACUUAAGCAGAAGCUAGACAGACCAGUCUUGAGGAGUAUUUCUCUUGUCAUCUUCAGUCUUCUACUUGCAGGAGUUAUUAUGGCAGUAGUUCAAGGCAUAAAUAUGAACAAAUAUUGUGCCUGGUGCCAAUAUAUUGACUGCGUUCCCAUCAAAUGGUGGACCUGCGGUAGCAAAAUGACUCAUUGUGAGACAAUGGCAAACUCGGAGCAUUUGACACUGACUUGCUCCGGCAAUGGUAAAUUCACCGUGUUCCCUUUCGUCAGCUUCUCACAAGCAAGGAUUGAGGACCUCUGCAAUCUUAUAUGUUCGUAAAAGAUUGUAAGUUGUAUAUGGACAAGCACGAGUGCACACAAAUAUGCCAUUGAAGGAUCAUAAAGUUGUUGCAUGUUUGACAUACUGAACUAAACCGUAUUGAAUAGGAUUAAAGAAAGAGAAGUUUGUAAGUUCUACUUUGCAAUACCGUGUACAAAAAAUACCUUUUCGUCCAAUCCGUGUUCUUUUACAACUUGCAAUGAAUAUUUGUCUGUGGCAUAGAAUGCUUAAUUCUCUUUAGUCUAUAUUCAAGUAAUGGGCCUAAAGCUUGAUUUAUAAGUAUAUAUGAUAUAGUUUUUCUUGAAAGAACAUGCAUAUAGCUUGGUUUAUACAUAAUAUUUGAUACAUAGAUGAGACAAGUAUUGUAAUCAUCUUUCUUAA